AACCCUUCAGUACACAUCCCUUGUGAGCCUUUGUCAGCAAGCAGAGAUGGGCGACUUGAGAACAGCAAUGACUCUUCUGAUGCAGACCUUCACCAAGUACGCCGGUGCUGAAGGGGACAAGUGCAAGCUGAGCAAGGCCGAGGUCAAGACUUUGCUGGAGAAGGAGUUCGAUUUCAAGUGUGCAAAGAACCAAGGCGAACUGAACGAGUUCCUGAAAGGUCUGGACUUUAACGGAGACUCGCAGAUCGACUUCAAGGAGUUCAUGACCAUCGUGGUGGCCCUCACCUGUCUCUGCCACGGCUGCUGACCUGGGAAGCGAGAGGCACCAGCGCGACUGCCUGUUGAAACCGUGAAUAAAAACACGAUCAACACUUGAA